GUUCUUUGCCAGUUACGCCUGCACGAAUAAUUGCAGCUAUGGGCCGGUUCAGACAUCAAUGUGCGAAGUUCGCGAUCCUCAUUGUUUUUGUGAGUUACGCAGUGAUGGCUACCUAUGUUGAAACUCCCAAAUCGGCGAAAAGGAGGGGGAUAAGCUUAUUUAGAGUAGGAAAACGAUACGGAGAUUCCUUUUAUCCUUGGAAUAUACAGACAGAAGAGAAAAGACUAAAAACAUUGGUGACGUUCCCCCGGAUAGGGCGGUCUCCGGAACAGGCGACCAGUGGCGGAGCAAUCGGGGCAGCCUUCGACGACCCGGAAGGCAAACGCAGUGACGCCAAUGGCCAGAACGGGAUGUGGUUCGGGCCGCGGAUUGGCCGGACACUGCACGACGACGAACCAGGAUCGAUGGCGCCAUCUAGCGGUACGUCACCGUGGAUCACUGCGGUCAGAGACGCACAGGAAAAAUCAAGAAAACCCUCCUCAAGUCCAUACAACGAUGGUUACUUACUGGAGUAUUUGGACUACGACUGAACUAAUAUCAAACUUGUAGCAAUGUAGUUUCAUAUCAUUUUGAAAUAUACAUAGUAUUAUUGGUGCGCAUUUUAGUUUUGUUAAAUAAAUGUAU